AUGCCCCACUGCCCCGUGCCCUACAACCCUGGUGAGGCCCCCGGCGUCUCCUCUCCUCGCACGACGCGCUCACCGCGGCCCUCGCACCGACCAUCGCCCCGCGCGCCUCUGCCCUCGCGCUCCUCGCCCCGCGACGCCCAGCUGCUCCUCCCACUCGCCCCUGCUGCUGCUAUCGCAUGUUGUCGCGCCGCGCCUCGCCUGCCUCCCGUUCGCUGCAGUGCGCGCUCGCGCAUCGUCGCCCAGCGCGCCACUACACGCACAUCGGGGCGCGAUGCCCCUGCCCCCGCGCAGCCGUGCCCCCGACCCUGCUCGCUGGCCUCGCUGCCGCCGCCCAUGUCCCGCCUUCAGUCGCCCUACUACGCGCCGGUAGCCACGAACCCCCUGCUCCGCCUGGCCGCAUCCCGCUGGAGCUCCACGCCGGCGCUCCGCCCUGCCCCCUGCUCCCCGUGGCCGCGCACUGCGUGCCGUGGCCGCUCCCACCCGCCGUCCCGCUUCCCCCAUGCGGCGCCGCCCGGGUCCGCCCCCCCCGCUGGCCGUCGCCCACGCCGGCCAAGCGCCACCGCGCCCCGGUGGCCUCGCCUCGCCUCUCCGGUCGGUCUCGGACCCGCACGGGUGCGCCCGUAA